UUAUAAACCCUCAAUAGCUAACGCCAAAGAAAGCCUGAUAAAACAUGCAAGCAUUCCUGGAGACAUGAUUCUAAUCAGACAAGAAGCAAGAAAACGUGCUGAAAUGUUAAAUUUGAUGUUACAACCGUAUAUAGUCAUUUUAGGUUCUCUUGACGAAGUAAAAGAGACAUACAUUCAAGUGGACGACAUUUUAUAUAAAGCAAAUAGUACUUUAGAGGCAAUUGAUGUAUGCUUCAAAAUAUACCAUGUUUUUCAAGUAAGCUAUCCUAUAAUGAGCGAAUACCUUUGGAUGCUAAUCCAAAAAGGUAUUUAUCACUUUACUACAAAGUGGGAUUUUAUAAUUUCUAAUAUAGAGUAUAUAUUAAGUAAAGUAACAAAGUGUUUUGAAAAAGCUAUUAACUCUAAAAGUACUAAUGUUUAAAACGUAUUUUUAAAUUUUUAUUAUUAAAAUUAGAUUUUUUGUAAAACUUUUAAUCUAUAAGUUUAAGCUAUUAUAAGUUAAAAAUUGUCUCGUUUUGUAUAAGUAUAUUUACUAGUUAUAUGGUAGUCUAAUUUUUUACAAUGAUUCUUUGUUUUUUUUGUGAACACACAUUUUCAUCGAUAGAUACUUUAAUGUUACAUAUAAAACUGAGACACAAGUUGCUUAUGAAUUCUACAGUGAAAUGUAAUUUCGAAGACUGCAUAGGUAGUUUUAAUAAUAUUUAUUCAUUGCGGAAACAUGUUUUAAAUACGCAUUGUAAAAUAUUAUCUCAACAGAAUGCUUGUGUAAAGCAAAAUGAAACAUUAACAAAUAAUAGAACAUUAAAAACUAAUGUUGAAACUUUUCAAAAUAAUGUACCAAAAUGCAAUGUCAAAAAUAAUUUGCAAUUUUUUAGUACUGAAAUGUUAUUUGAUGUGAUUGAUAAUACUGACGAAAUUAAUACUGAAUUUUUCAAAAAUAUAGUAUCCGAAUAUUCUGUUCGGUUUGUAACAAAAUUGUAUGCUACUGGAAAUUUAAAUAGAAAAUGUAUUCAUGAAAUAAUAAAAAAUAUAGAAAUAAAUUACAUUUUUAUUUGUUUAGAUGUUUUAUCUAAGAAAUUUAAAGAUAUAAAAGAUUUUGAUGUUUUUUUAAAUAUUAUAAAAAAUGGCUUUAAAUUAUUUAAAUCAGAUUAUAAAACAUUACAGUAUUUACAAGAAAGAGAUUGCUUGUUUAUGCCAAAAUUAAUACGUAUAAACUCUAUUUUAUCAUUUGGUAAAGUUAAGAAAAAAUAUCAAUCGCAUCUACAACAUAAAAAAUUAAGUAUAUCUCUAAAGUUGAUACUAAAAAAAUUUUUAGAGUUUCCAAAUGUAUAUCAACAAAUAAUGUCGCACAUUGAAAAAAGUAAAAAAAAUGAAUAUUUAGUUUCUAUAUUUCAAACUGAUUUUUGGAGGUCUGUUGAAAAGAAUGCAAAUGGUAAAUUUAUUUUAUCACUCAUACUCUACUUUGAUGAUUUAGAAAUUAAUAGCCUUUUGGGUUCUUGUAAGAAUAAAAAUAAAAUUGGUACAGUUUAUUGUCGUAUUGAUAGUUUACCAAAUGAAUUCUCUAGUUUAUUGGAAAAUAUCUUUUUAGUGCAAUUACAUAAUUAUCAAGAUCAUAAAGUUUUAGGAAAUAAAAAAAUUUUUAUUUAUGUCAUUAACCAAAUUAAUGAACUUUAUACUAACGGAAUUUCCAUUAAUGUAGAAGGAGAGACAAAACAAGUUUAUUUUAUUUUAUCUCAUAUUGUUGGUAAUAACUUAGGUCUCAAUACAAUUCUGGGCUUUACCAAAAGCUUUAACUCUUCUCACUGUUGUCGUAUAUGUUACAUUUCCAAAGAAGAAAUGCAGAGUACAAUGAUUGAAAACAGCAAUUUAUUAAGAAAUGUUGGAAACUAUAAUAAACAUUUUGUCGAGAAAAGUCAUGGAAUUGUAGAAAACUGCGUUUUUCAUAAAAUUAUAAACUUUCACGUAACUAAAAAUAUAUUAGUAGAUCCUAUGCACGAUCUAUUGGAGGGUAUUUGUAGAUACGACAUUGCUAAAAUUUUAUAUGAUCUGAUAUGUAAUAAGAAAGCAUUCUCUGUAGAGAUACUUAAUGAAAGAAUUAAGAAUUUUUCUCAUUCAUUUGAUAAAAAUAUUCCUAUUAUAAAAUUAGAAUAUAUAAUUAACAGAAUGAUUAUCCUAUCCGCAUCAGAAAUGUAUUAUUUAAUUUUUAAUCUUGACCUAUUUAUAGGCGACUUAGUUCCUAUUAAAAGCUCAGUAUGGAAAUACGUGAUGCUACGUAAAAUAGUAAAUAUUUCUAUGCUGGAAUCUAUUACUGACGAUAUUAUGAACUCUUUUGCAAUGUUGGUAUCUCAAUAUUUAGAAUUAUAUUUGAAGACUUUUAAAUGUUCUUUUAAACCGAAACAUCAUUAUUUAAUACAUUAUGAAAGGAUUAUGCGUGAAUUCGGACCUUUAAAAAAUUUUUCUACAAUGAGAUUUGAAGCAAAGCAUAAACAAAUUAAAGAAUACAGUAAAAUUAUUAGUUCUAGAAAAUGUCCUGCAUAUUCCUUAUCAUUGAAACAUCAAAUGCAACUUUGUCACAGAUUUAUUUGUAACGAAGGGUUCCCAAUACGACUUUCCCAUGGGUCUUCUAUUUCAAAAUUAAAAUUUAUAAAUGAUUAUGAUAAUUUUAAAUUUUUAUUACCAGCACAUUUUGACGAUUAUUAUUGUGUUCUAUGGGCAAGAUUACAAGGAACUCGUUAUGAAAUCAAUAAUUUUAUAAAUAUAGAAACAUAUGCGUCUCCAGUUUUUUGGUCGAAUUAAGUACAUUAUAAUUAAUAAAUCUAAAAAUGUAUUUUUCUUAUUUAAUAAGUACAUCAAUUUAUGUUAUUGCGAGAACUAUGGAGCACAUAAUGUAAAAGAAAAUAACGAAUGGGGAUUUAUUGCUCAAAAUAAUCUCGUAGAUUACAAAGUUUACAGUGCUCACAUUAUGUCAAAUAAUAAAUAUUAUAUUCCUUCUUUUUUAUAACUAUUAUAUGUUGAAUGCUUUAAUAUAUAAAUAUAAAGUUUUUAGAUUCAUUAUAAUGUACUCUCUCCUCUUUCUGUAUUAAUAUUAUUUUUUUAGUAUUGUAUGUUCACAAUUUUGA